UUGACGUAUAUUUGUUGAUCAAUAAACUUACUGCAGCAAAGUAGACCCUUGAAAUUUCAUCAAAUUUAUAACUUUUUGUGAUAUAAAGAUACCAAUAAAAUGUAGAAAUAUAACUGCUACAAUGAGGCUUAACCAAUUCUUCAAAAUGUCAUAAAAAUUCAUGUCUUUCCUUUGCAAAAUGAUCAUCUAUUUCUCGCAAAAAUGAAGUUCUCGUUUCAACAUCGAGCUUUUUACUGCUAUAUUGGAAUGAGCAUUUGGAUUUUCUUCCUUAUAACGGUUGUCUACAAGUAUAUUACAGUCAGUGAUGAUCCAGUUGCAAUUAAAGUUGAUCAUAGUGUGUAUAUAUCUAAAAUUGAUACUAAAUACAAGAAGACCUAUACUAGAGCUUGUAGUCCACAUGAAACUAUAGUAAGAGGAUCAGAAGCUGCAGUGGAUACCGAUUCAUGGUUAUUACAAGGAGUCCUGGUGAUUACCAGGCAUGGUGACAGAGGACCACUCACACAUCUGAAGGGGGGUGAUCAACUACCAUGUGACACUGUGCCUGCAUCUCCUUUAUUGAAAAGCUAUGAAGAGUUUGUGUUGAACGCAAGUUCGUCUGGUCGCGCGUGGUGGGUGGCUGGUCCAGGGCCAUUUCACAACUUUCCUUCCCUACCUCGGACUGCAACUACACAUUGUGCGUUAGGUCAGCUCACGCCGAAUGGCCUCUUGCAGAUGAUAACUGUUGGGAACAUAUUACGAGAGGCUUACAGUGAAUAUCUCGGCAUGGAAAGUAUGGAAUUAACUGGAAAAAAAGAUACAGGUGGGCUAGCAUACAGUACACGGUACCGUCGUACGUUCCAAUCGCUACAGGCGCUCGCGUGGGGUGCCACAAGGAACGCGGCCAACGCGCGCGAAGCUCACAGCGUUGCCUUCUGCUUCCGCCAUUGUGCCUGCAACGCACACCACGCACUCGCCAAGAGAAUUAGCAUACAAGCAAAGAGUCGACUCGAUUCACAUCCAGCAAUCAAGGAAUUGAUUAAAAAGUUAUCAAGGGUCUUAUUCGAAUCCCAGGAAUACACAGAUGCAGAUGUAGUACGGGAUGCCCUAUUAGCUUAUAUGUGCCAUGAAGCUCCGAUGCCUUGUUUUGAACAAAAAGUUAACAAGAAAUUAUUCCUAACCAAUAGGAAAAGAAAAUUUCGAUCCGAUAGCGUCCGCUCUCGGAACAUUCUCGAAGUUGACAUCGAUACUUUGAAUAUGGAACUCGAUUACAUCAACAACCAAUUAGAUUUCAACAACGAGAUUGGCAGAAAAGCGCGGGAUAUUAUCAAACCGUUCGAUAAACAAAAACAACCGUUAGACUUCGACGCUCAAAUGGAAAGAGAAAAACUUCUCUAUUACCAACAAAGAUACUUAGACAGCGCAGACAAUUACGACGAUGUUGUGAUCGUUAAGAAAAAUUUAGACGCAGAUUUCAAUUUUCCGAACGACGCUAGAAUAGACGCUGAUUUCGACGAAGAAUAUAAAGAGCCCACACCAGAUGUGACAGAGAGUUUUUGUAUCAAAAAGGACCAUAUUAUGUCCCUAUUCGCGUACUUAGAGUGGAGUUAUCGACAAGAUGUGAAAAAUAUUAAUAAUAGGCGUCGAAGUUUGUUAAUAGCGUACGGGUUGAUACACAAUAUAGUGCAGAAUAUGAUUCGAAUGAUAUCUGAGAAUAAGCCCAAAUUUGUUGUGUACUCUGGUCAUGAUAAAACUUUGCAAGCGUUGAUCUUAGCUUUGGGGCUUAACAAUUACCAGCAUUAUAAUAUACAGUACGCGGCAAGGAUGAUAUUCGAAGUGUAUAGAAAGAAAGAUUUACGGGAUGAAUUUAAAUUUACUAAAAGAAAAGCGGUGGCUCAAGAUUUCUUCUUCCGCGUAGUUUAUAAUGGCGAAGAUGUGACGAAUAAAUUGAGUUUUUGUAGGAAUAGACAAAUCGUGGACAUGAAAGUUGUGGACCCGAGCGAUGAUACGAAAACAUUCAAUACAUAUCUAUGUCCAAUCGAGAAUAUCGUUAGGUUUAUACAUGAUGAUUAUUUCGCUGCUUUUAACGUGAGUAACUAUAAAGACGCGUGCGCUACGUAUGGAAACGGUAAACAUAUUGUGUGAAGCAAAUGUUAUAUUACUAUAAUAAAGGAACCAAUUAAUACGAUAAAUAUGAAAUGGAGAAGUACGCUCCGUCUGUUUGGAAAUAGUUUCAAAGACAAAUGGUUUUAUAGCUUUUCAAGUUGUUACAGUGCCACUAACUUAACUGACCCGGUGACGGUGUCACUAAUGUCGAUUUAAGUGCCGCUAAAUAGUAUUUCCCCGGAUGCAAGGGUAAAAAUAAUGUCAUUGCCAAUGUUGUAAAUUAACAUUAAUAAGUUACUUUUUAUUUAUACAAAAUAUUCCGUAUGAAAAGUCUGUGAAAAUGUGACAUUUCAAAGAGGCGGCACGUAGUUCCAGUUUUUGCCACCGGGCCAGUUAAGUUUGUGGCACUGUACAUUAUGAUGUAUGUAUUUUAAAAUUUGACAGUUAGCAAAAAAAAAAAUAAGUUUAUUAAUCUAUGAUUACACAACUACAAGUUUAAGGAGUAAUGAGUAUAUCUUGUUUAAUUAUUUGUAAGGUCUAACCUCGCUGAUUUAUUAUAGAAUCACUAAAACAAAUUCUAAAAGAGGAAUUUAUUUAUUAAAAUUGCAAUUUAUUAAUUAUUAUAAGUGCGGCUACUAAUUUUAUUUACUUUACACAUAUCAUAUCGAGAUUAAUAUUGUUGUAAUUGUUUGUAAGACUGACAUUUAAAAUGGUUUAUAUUAUUAAUACUUUAAUUAAUUUAUAGUGUUUAUUUAACAAUAAGAACGAUAUCAAAACGUUAUUAUUACUAUUUACUUAUCAAACAAUCGGUCACAGAUGAUGUAAGAAGAGGCUUAUAUUUCAUCAUAUUUAAUAUUAAAUAAACAAAAUUUUAUGCGUAAUAUAUAUUCUUAUAUUUUAUGGUUCGUUUAAGCAAAGCAACGUCACUCUGUUUAUAGUUUGCACGACUCACAUUUUCGAAUUGCGGUGUAGACGCAACAUUAUUAUUAUUAGAAAAAAAAGAAAAUACAAUAGAAGUUUGAGAACAUAAUGUUUGUAUAUCUUUCAAUAAAAAAAUCCAGAUAGAUAAAUAAUAUUUAAAAGUCAAAUGAUAAUUUCGUGAAUAUUAUUUAUUGUAAAAUUAUUUUGUGAACGCAACGGUGCUUAUUAUAUCAUUAAAGGCGGCCGUACACGGACCGCUUCAAGCAGUUGAGACCGACGGCUUGAAGCUGUGACUGCGCGGUGAACUAUAGACAUUCAUUCACUGCCGUAUAUGAACUGCUCGAGCAGUCGCGACCGCUUCAAGCUGUCAACCAAAGAGAAUACAAAUACUACGUCCGUCAACUGCGCGGUUUGUAACGACAGCUCGAGCAGUCAACGACCGACCGCUCGAGCCGUCCGUGUAUGUCGCUCAGCCGUUAACUGUUCGAGCUGCCCGUGUACGGCUGCUCUUAUAAUCAAUAUAUAAUCUGUUUAUAUAGAUUCAGGUUUUCUUUCUAUCUAGGAUAUUUAAUUAUUUCAAAAUUUGUAGCCGAUCUCAAACAGGCAAUGUACAUUAGUUAAUUAAUAAAAAGUACAAGUUAGAAAUCAACUCGAUCUCAUAUUAUGAAUCCAUUAAAAAUAUUUAUAUAACGAUUAUUUUGAAGCCAAGCUACGUUUUACAUAAUUUUUAGCAUAAAUCUAAAAAUUAUUUUGCAUGUACUUUUUUAUGCAUUAAUAUUUAAUAAUAAUUUUGAUAAGUUUUGUAUAUGUAUGAGCCAUAUUAUUUAUUGACAAUGUGUAUAUUAAUAUAACAUGGUGUAAUAUUGUAACCUGCAAGUAAUAAUUUAUAAGAAAGGUGUAGCUAGUAGUUUUUAUAGGCAAAGAGAAGAAUCUGUUUAGUAUGUCACUGCUGAAAUGAAAGGUCACAAAAAUAAUUUAAUAAAAAAAAAUGAACUUCCUCUUCUAAUCACAGCAUAUUUAAAUUGAUUUAUAUAAUUGCUAAAUAAUAAUUUUCAUCGUAUCUUCCCUCCAAUUUAUAAUUUAACAGACAAGUUAGAAUAGAAUUACUCGUUUCUGUAUGUCUGUGGUAAAUUGUUACGUCAACAUUUCAUUAUUACCACAGACAAUAUAUACUAAUAUUAUAAAGCUGAAGAGUUUGUUUGUUUGAACGCGCUCAUCUCAGAAACUACAGGUCUGAUUUGAAAAAUUCUUUCGGUGUUAGAUAGACCAUUCAUCGAGGAAGGCUAUAGGCUAUAUAUAAUCCCGCUAGGAACGGAGCCACGCGGGUGAAACCGCGGAGCGCGGCUAGUAUAUCAUAAAUAUGUAAUCUGUAUACUUUGUAGUGUUUUGAUAUAUGUACUGUACAGUGUUAAAUUUAGUAGAUACCUAAUAUUAUUGUAUCCUUGUUUAAAAUAAUUAUACACCUAGUUCAAAUAUUAUUGCCAUAUCAGAUGUUCAAUAAAUUAUUG